GAGGGACGAAAAAAAGUACAACACAAACAUCAGAGAGGCGAGAGGAGCGUGACGGCUGGCGCAGAGGAGACUGGGCUUCUCCUCCACUCUUUCUCUGAAGGAACUACAGUUUAUGAAAAGAGAAAGGAGCUGCUGCGGCUCGGGGGUCCAGAGAGGUGGCACGGACGGGCAAGAUGGCCGUCUCCACUCAAUUGGGUCUGCUGUUGUGGAAGAACUUCACCUACCGACGGAGACAGACGAUCCAGCUGCUGAUUGAGAUCGUGUGGCCCCUCUUCAUCUUUUUCAUUCUGAUAUCCGUGCGACUCCACUAUCCUCCGUAUGAGCAACAUGAAUGCCAUUUUCCCAACAAGGCCAUGCCUUCGGCGGGUACUCUACCAUGGGUGCAAGGCAUCAUCUGCAACGCUAACAACCCUUGCUUCCGCUAUCCCACUCCUGGAGAGACGCCAGGGGUGGUGGGCAACUUCAACGACUCCAUAAUCUCCCGGCUGUUUAUCGAUGCCAAGAAAAUCCUCCUUUACAGCCAAAACGACAAGAGCUUUGAAGGCUACAAGGGACUCGUCAGGGCCCUUAGGAAACUGCAAAGGAACACUGCAGCUUUCAAGCUGAAGGACUUUCUCCAAGACAAUGAAACCUUGUCCGAGUUCCUGGAGAAGAACGCAACACUGAGCAAACAUGCUGUGCAGCAAAUAGUGGAGGCUGACGUCAACCUGGAGAAGGUGCUGAUUAAAGGUUUCGGAGUGCAUCUGAGAGACCUGUGCAACACAACAUCACUGGAGGACUUUGUCACCAUUGCUGACCACGGGGUGUCCCAGCUGACCCAGCACAUCAUCUGCCAGGCCUCCACAGACUGGCUGAACGACGCAGAGAGCCACUUCCUAUCCAACCUGGACUUUCUGAAGCCCAUCAGGAAAGAUGUCAGGUCUGACCCCAAAGUCGUCCAGGAUGUGUCCAUGGCAACAGAUAGGCUGCUGGAGAGCCUGGGAGCUCUGACUGUAGAGCUGGUGAGUAUGAAGAGCUGGCGGGACAUGCGCAAUGAGAUCCUGUACCUGACGGGCAACGUCACACAUUCACCCAAUCACAUGUACCAGGCCGUGUCCCGCAUCGUCUGUGGCCACCCAGAGGGUGGCGGCCUCAAGAUCAAAUCCCUCAACUGGUACGAAGACAACAACUACAAGGCUCUGUUUGGCAACCACAAUGAUAGUGACAGUGAGCCAGUGUCCCCCUACGACAAUUCAUCCACUCCCUACUGUAACAACAUGAUGAAGAACCUGGAGUCCAGCCCCAUCUCACGAAUGAUCUGGAGGGCUCUGAAGCCUCUGCUGAUGGGGAAGAUCCUGUACACACCCGACACUCCAGCCACUCAGAGGAUCAUACAUGAGGUCAAUAAGACAUUUCAGCAGCUUGGUGUGUUCAGAGAUCUCGGGGGGAUGUGGGAGGAGAUGAGACCGAAAGUGUGGAACUUCAUGGAGAACAGUGAGGAAAUGGAUCUUGUCCGUACUCUGCUCCAGAACAACGCAAGCGCUCGGUUCUUUAACACCAAGCUGAAAGGAACAGAUUGGCAAGUGGAGGACAUUUCCAGCUUCUUAACUAAAGCUUCAGAGGACACACGUCCCCCUGGUACAGCAUAUACAUGGAGAGAAGUGUUCAAUGAGACGGAUCAGGCCAUCCAAACCAUCUCCCGCUUCAUGGAGUGCAUAAACCUGGAUAAGUUGGAGCCGGUGGCCAAUGAGGAGCGGCUGGUAAAUAAGUCCAUGCAUCUGCUCAAUGAUCGCAAGUUCUGGGCCGGCAUCGUGUUUCCGGACAUGAAAGCCAACUCCUCAGAGCUUCCGCCGAACGUUAGCUACAAGAUCCGCAUGGAUAUUGACAACGUGGAGCGCACCAACAAGAUCAAGGACGGGUACUGGGACCCUGGUCCUCGUGCUGAUCCUUUUGAAGAUCUGCGCUACAUCUGGGGUGGAUUCUCUUACCUCCAGGACGUUAUUGAACAUGGAAUUAUCCGGGCCUUGACAGGCAGCAAGGAGAAAACUGGAGUCUACAUCCAGCAGAUGCCUUACCCGUGCUAUGUUGAUGACAUUUUCCUGCGUGUGAUGAGUCGCUCAAUGCCUCUCUUCAUGACUCUGGCCUGGAUGUACUCAGUGGCCAUCAUCAUUAAGGGCGUGGUCUAUGAGAAGGAGGCACGUCUGAAGGAAACCAUGAGGAUCAUGGGACUGGAUAAUGGAAUCCUGUGGCUAAGCUGGUUCAUUAGCAGCCUGAUUCCUCUGCUUAUCAGCGCUGCCUUGCUGGUCCUCAUUCUUAAGAUGGGGAACCUGCUACCCUACAGUGACCCAGGCGUGGUCUACCUCUUUCUGGUGUCCUUUGCCAUAGUGACCAUCAUGCAGUGCUUCCUCAUCAGCACAAUAUUCUCCCGUGCUAACCUGGCUGCCGCUUGCGGGGGCAUCAUUUACUUCACCCUUUAUCUGCCCUAUGUACUGUGUGUGGCUUGGCAGGACUACGUGGGCUUUGGUGCCAAAGUAGUUGUGAGCCUCUUGUCACCGGUGGCAUUUGGCUUUGGCUGUGAGUACUUCGCCCUUUUUGAGGAACAGGGAGUGGGAAUUCAGUGGAGCAACCUGCUCUCUAGCCCACUGGAGGAGGACAGCUAUAGCCUCACAACUUCCAUCUCCCUCAUGCUGUUUGAUGCUUUGCUCUAUGCUGUCAUGACCUGGUACAUCGAAGCUGUCUUCCCAGGUCAAUAUGGUAUUCCUCGGCCAUGGUAUUUCCCCUUCACUAAGUCCUACUGGUGUGGAGAGAAAUGUGGCUGGACUUCACCACCAACCACCAACAAAAAAGAAAAUGCAGAAGCAAUAUGCAUCGAGGAGGUACCAGCUGAUCUGGAACCUGGCGUGUACAUUGAGAAUCUGGUGAAGGUGUACAGACAUGGUAACAAGCUAGCAGUGGAUGACCUGACUCUGGGCUUCUAUGAGGGACAGAUCACAUCCUUCCUGGGUCACAAUGGAGCAGGAAAGACCACUACCAUGUCUAUUCUUACUGGCCUAUUCCCCCCGACGUCUGGCACGGCCUACAUCAUGGGCAAAGAUAUCCGCAUGGAUCUGAGCGCCAUCCGUCAGAAUUUGGGCGUGUGCCCACAGCACAAUGUCCUCUUCAGCAUGCUGACAGUGGAAGAACACAUCUGGUUCUAUGCUCGGCUGAAAGGUCUUUCUGAGGACAAGGUGAAGUUUGAGAUGGAUCAGAUUGUAGCAGACCUCGGCCUGCCUCACAAGCGCAAAUCUCGCACCAGUCAGCUGUCAGGUGGAAUGCAGAGAAAGUUGUCGGUAGCACUGGCAUUCGUUGGAGGUUCAAAAGUUGUGAUCCUGGAUGAACCUACUGCUGGGGUUGACCCAUAUGCCCGCAGAGGCAUUUGGGAUCUGUUGCUGAAGUAUCGUCAAGGUCGAACCAUCAUCCUUUCCACCCACCACAUGGACGAGGCAGACAUUUUAGGCGACCGCAUAGCCAUCAUUUCCCAUGGGAAGCUGUGCUGUGUAGGCUCCUCCCUCUUCCUCAAGACACAGCUGGGCACUGGAUACUAUCUGACUCUGGUCAAGAGGGACUUUGACCUCUCGUUGAGCUCCUGCCAUAACUCCAGCAGCACUGUCUCUUACUCCAAGAAUAGCCUCAAGAAGGAGGACAGUGUCUCUGAAAGCAGCUCUGAUGCUGGCCUGGGCAGUGAUCAUGAAAGUGAAACCACUACCAUUGAUAUCUCCCUCAUCUCUAAUGUCAUCUUCAAGCAUGUCCCAUCUGCCAGAAUGGUAGAGGAUCUGGGUCAUGAGAUCACUUAUGUGUUGCCUUAUGAAGCAGCCAAAGACGGAGCCUUUGUGGAACUGUUCCAUGAGAUUGAUGAUCGCCUCACUGACCUUGGUAUCUCCAGCUAUGGCAUCUCAGACACAACCCUGGAAGAGAUUUUCCUCAAAGUUGCAGAGGACAAUGGAGUUGACGCUGAAACAUCAGAUGGCACUAUUCUUCCCAGAAGGAACCGUAGACAUGCAUUUGGUGGUGACCAUCAGAGCUGCCUGAAACCAUUCACUGAAGAUGAUAGCUUUGAUUUCAAUGACUCAGAAGGUGAUCCAGAAUCUCGUGAGACGGACUGGUUGGGUGGAUCUGACGGAAAAGGCUCAUACCAAGUAAAAGGCUGGAGUCUGAAGAGACAGCAGUUUGUGGCUUUGCUCUGGAAACGCUUCUUGUAUGCCCGACGCUCUAGAAAAGGAUUCUUUGCUCAGAUCGUGCUGCCGGCUGUGUUUGUGUGCAUUGCUCUGGUCUUCAGUCUUAUUGUUCCACCCUUUGGGAAAUACCCCAGUUUACAGCUGGAGCCCAGCAUGUAUGAAGAGCAGUACACCUUCAUCAGCAAUGAUGCUCCAGAGGACAUGCAGACAGGCAAGCUUCUUGGAACCUUAACAGAUCAACCAGCCUACAGUGGACGAUGUGUAGAGGAAGGAAAGUCUGUAGACAGCUCUUGUCCAAUUAGAGAAGAGGAAUGGGCCCAGCCAGAUGUUUCUGAGACAGUGAGGGACAUGUUUGUGAUGGGAAACUGGAGCAUGGAGAACCCUUCACCUCUUUGCGAAUGCAGCUGUGAAAAGAAAAAGAAGAUGCUGCCAGAGUGUCCACCAGGAGCAGGUGGUCUACCACCACCACAGAUAAAAGUUAGCAGCACAGACACUUUGCAAAAUCUGACUGGAAGAAAUAUCUCAGACUACUUGGUGAAAACAUAUGCACAGAUUAUUGGCAGAAGUUUGAAGAACAAGAUCUGGGUCAAUGAAUUCAGGUAUGGUGGAUUUUCAUUGGGUGCGAGAAGUUCACAGGCCCUGCCCCCUGCUAAUGAGAUCAUUGAUGCUAUCGCUCACGUGCGCCAUCGUUUCAGCUUGGAAAGGGGCACUGCAGCUGACAGGUUUCUGAAAAGCCUAUCUGGUUUCAUCCAAGGCUUGGAUACUAAGAACAAUGUCAAGGUCUGGUUCAAUAACAAAGGCUGGCAUAGCAUCGGAGCUUUCCUCAAUGUGAUGAACAACGGCAUCCUGCGUGCCAGCCUGCCCGCUGGACUGGACCCUGCCAAGUUUGCCAUCAGAGCUUUCAACCACCCACUGAAUCUAACCAAAGAGCAGCUCUCACAAGUGGCCCUGAUGACCACCUCUGUCGACGUCCUGGUAUCCAUCUGUGUCAUUUUCGCCAUGUCCUUUGUCCCGGCCAGCUUUGUAGUCUUCCUCAUCCAGGAGAGGGUGAACAAAGCCAAGCACAUGCAGUUUAUCAGUGGAGUGCAGCCCUUCCUUUACUGGCUGGCUAACUUCGUCUGGGAUAUGUGCAACUACAUAGUCCCAGCAACCCUGGUCAUCAUCAUCUUUGUCUGCUUCCAACAAGAUGCCUACGUCUCCUCCACUAACUUACCUGUUCUGGCUCUUCUUCUCCUUCUCUAUGGGUGGUCCAUAACACCUCUGAUGUACCCAGCAUCGUUCUUCUUUAAGAUCCCCAGCACUGCAUAUGUGGUCUUAACUAGUGUCAACAUCCUGAUUGGAAUUAAUGGCAGUGUGUCCACAUUUGUAUUGGAGCUUUUUGGCAGCAAUGAGAUUGGUGGCAUCAAUGACAUUUUGAAGAAUGUAUUCCUGAUCUUCCCCCACUUUUGUCUGGGCCGAGGACUGAUAGAUAUGGUGAAGAACCAGGCUAUGGCUGACGCCCUGGAGAGAUUCGGUGAGAAUCGGUUCCGUUCCCCUCUGGCGUGGGAUAUGGUGGGCAAAAACCUUUUUGCUAUGGCUGUGGAAGGUGUAGUAUUCUUCUUCAUCACUGUGCUCAUACAGUACCGCUUCUGCAUCAAGGCCAGGGGAUUUAGUGCUCAUUUAAAGCCGAUCGCUGAGGAAGAUGAGGAUGUAGCUAGAGAAAGGCAAAGGAUCUUGAGUGGAGGUGGACACAGUGACAUCUUGGAGCUCAGGCAGCUGACCAAGGUGUAUAAAAGGAAACAAAAGCCAGCUGUGGACAGGCUGUGUGUAGGAAUUCCACCUGGAGAAUGUUUUGGCUUACUUGGUGUAAAUGGUGCUGGAAAGACAAGCACCUUCAAGAUGCUGACUGGCGAUUCUGUAAUCACAAGUGGAGAGGCCUAUUUAGCUGGCAAGAGUGUGCUGACAGAGAUUGAUGAGGUGCAUCAGAACAUGGGUUACUGUCCACAAUUCGAUGCAAUAAAUGACCUGCUCACUGGCCGAGAACACUUGGAGUUUUACGCCAUUCUGCGGGGAGUGCCUGAAAAAGAAGUUUGCGAGGUGGCGGACUGGGGCAUCCGUAAGCUGGGGCUGGUGAAAUAUGUAGACAGAGCUGCAGGGAGCUACAGUGGAGGAAAUAUGCGUAAGCUCUCCACUGCCAUCGCUCUGAUCGGGGGUCCACCAGUGGUUUUCUUGGAUGAGCCCACCACUGGUAUGGACCCCAAGGCCCGGCGAGCAUUGUGGAACUGCAUCCUCAGCAUCAUUAAAGAAGGACGCUCCGUCGUUCUCACCUCACACAGUAUGGAGGAGUGUGAAGCCCUCUGCACUCGCAUGGCCAUUAUGGUCAAUGGCAGGUUCCGCUGCCUGGGCAGUGUCCAGCACUUAAAGAACAGGUUUGGCGACGGCUACACCAUAAUCCUCCGGGUCGCAGGGGCCGACCCGCAGCUGGAGCCAGUGAUGCAGUUCAUUGAGUAUGAGCUGCCUGGCAGUACUCUGAAGGAGAAGCACAGGAACAUGCUCCAGUACCAGCUGCCUUCCUCACUGUCUUCUCUAGCACGAAUCUUCAGCAUCCUCGCCAAGAACAAAGACGAACUCCAUAUCGAGGACUACUCCGUCUCUCAGACCACAUUAGACCAAGUAUUCGUCAAUUUUGCCAAGGACCAAAGUGACGAGGACCACUUUAAAGACAUUUCCAUAGGCAAGAAUGAUGUGGUGGUGGACUUUUCUCAACUCAACUCUUUCCUCAUGGACGAAAAAGCCAAGGAGACAGUUGUGUGAUCCGCCAAACUUGCCACGAACGGAUGUGCCGAUAUCCGUUUUAUGAGACUCUAGUGUCAUUUUUCAUACUUUUUUUUUUCAUUUCUUUUUUUUGGUUAUACUUCUUCAGUGGAGUGUGCGCCCACAAUGGGGCACUGGACUUACCACACACUACUGAGAGAAAACUCAAUGCAAAUCAAUGCAAAAAACAAACAAAAAUGGAGAAGAAUCCACUACGAUGUUGUCAAGGAAGAGCCUGGUGCCACUUGCUGCAUCGCAACAUUAGCGUGCGUGAAACUUGAAGCUAUCUGUUCCAGUGUAGUGUUGUAGCGACAACAGACCAGAGUGCUUAUGAAGAUUCUGCCUAGUUUCAAUCAGACACUGCCAGCAAGACUUAUAAUUCAGGGCCUAAGUUCAUCUCUUUCAAGAACAGACUUACAGACUUACAAUUGCUGUUAAGGAGCAGCAAUUUUAGCGUCUCUUUGACUAUCAAAACUGUUUUGUUUUGUUUUUUUGGCAAAAACACAAAGUGAGAUUGUCCACUGCUGUUCAGUGAGGAGGCUUUCGUGGUUGAGUUGACGGUCAACAGUCAACCAAUGGAAAAGAGGACAAGAUACUGGCCAUUCCAAGAAGUUAAGGAAGCAACAAAUGUGAUUUCGCCUGGAUGUAAACCGAGACAUUUUUUACUGCCUUAAAUGGCUAAAAUAGUUUUGCGGAUGCUAAUUCCUGGUUUCUUUGAGGUGUGUGCUGCAUGCUUUACAAAGAAGCCGCAUGGGGGACUCCUGCGCGAGCCGAAGCAUGUGCUUUAUUCCAGUUAUAAGAGUGCUAGUACUGUCGCGUCCUACUGUUGUGUUUUCAAGAGGGUUUCAACAGGUGGAUCACGGGGGGGAUGUAUGGCAGGACUUCACUGAGAGGUCACUUUUUUAUAAUAAAAUACAAAACGAUGGGGAAAAAAACGAUGAGGAGGAGGAGGAGGCCUAUAACUAAAUAUUACAUAACCGUUGUGACACAUUGUGCGUGCCAAACGAGAGUUCCUAGUGCGCGUCGGGUGACUACAAGCCCAGCGAGUCAGGCUAAUGUGUGAGAGCGCCAGCUAGCUAGUUGAAGGCGUAUUGUAGUGUGGUGUACUGUUGGUCCACCAUUGUAGACUACUCCAUGCGCUGUGGUCAGUGAUUUUCGUGCUGUAGUAGCCUAUACACCACAUGCUUGUUUUUAAUACAGACAUUUACUCCUGAAUAGCCUUGGACAUCUAACAGUUUAGUCGUUUUGCGGGCCAAAUGUGAUCUAAUAGCGGAACAGACAUCUGGGAACAACUUGUUAAGCUUUUACCCUGCUGCAAACAAGAGUGCGGUCCCUCUAAAACCCACCCCGGAAACCAAGCUAAUGCUAAUGUCACCUGACAGAGCCGUUUUUGGGGGACUUUUCAGCCGUGUUAAUAGGCUAACAACAGGUUUGCUGUCCACUGACAAGCAAACCAUGACCCCCCCCCCCAAAAAAAACUUUGAGAGCUGCCUUAAAACCUCAGCUUAUCCCCACAUCCCCCGCCCUGUUAAGUCUACAUUCUCACCCACAUUUAGCUCAGUAUUUCUCUUUGGUGUCCCCCAGAUGUUCCCAUUAUGAGACCAUAUCUGGCACCACAAGACUACCAGCUCAAUUGUAGGCUGCCUGUCCUGUCAAUGGGUGUUGCUCACAAUUGAGUUGAUAACUCAGGAUUAAAUUCCUUCUAUAUUUCAGAAUUUCUUUGCAAUUCAAUUCUCGCGUCGCUGUCGGAACUAAAUGUAUGAACUCUUCCACACCAAACCCUUUCAGUCAUCUGCACAUUUCAUAAGGAAUGGACCAGUAGAAACGGUCCAAACAUUCAAAAUCUCAUACAACAGUAGUGCGACUGCUUUCUUACGACAGCGACGUUCUUGUGAAACCACUAUGGGCUCUCCUCUCAGAGGCGCUGUUGUUGCUAGCCUAAAGCUAAGAGUGACCAAAAGUGACAAAGUGCCACCGAUAGGCUUUUCUGCAUAGCUGCUUUAUCAUUCAAUUCCAGAUCAAAGAAACAAUCCUCACUGCGAUUUGAGAGACACGGACGAGAGUCUUUCCAGUCAGAAUGCAAUUCUAGUUCUGUGGAGAGCAAGUAGCCUGACACCAUAGGCCCAACAUUGAAGCACUUUAUAACAGUCUUUGUUGAACUGGUUUUGUUCUGGACUUUCGAACUUUUUAAAAAGUUUCUACACAGGAUGCUCUUUGUUUAACAGAAGUUAUUAUAAAAUGUCUCAUGGUCAAUUUGUGUUAAAUUAUGUGUUUACAUUUUAAGUAUUAAAAGGCUAUUUUAGUCUC